AUGGUUCUCCAAUCUCUCAAGUCUCACAUCUUUGACGACGCAUCUAAGUACGCCACCAAAUGGCUCUGCAAGUUACCACACAUCAUUGGGGGCCUCCGUACCCAAAAGAGUCGGGCCACUGGCUACACCCUAUUCUUCCUCAUCUACGGCUCAGAGGCUAUACUGCCAAUAGAUGUAGCCUUUGGUGCCCCGCGGAUUCAAUACUACGAGGAAGAGGAAGUAGAAAAGAGUCGUCAGGUCGACAUUGAUAGCCUAGAAGAGUAUUGUGUGGUGGACCUCAUCCAAUAUGCGCGGCACGUGCAGCAGAUUCGAUGCUACCAUGACAGGAACAUCUAG